UUUACACAUGUAUUUAGUACUUAGACAUUGUAUUCAGAUAAAACAUUUAUAUGUACUUUACGGUAAUUUUAUUUUACAUAAUGGUAUUUACAUUUUAGUUACAUGUAAGCAAAGCCAGCCAUGUCAACAUCCUUUUAUGCUGCGGAUAACAUAACUGACAGGAAAACUGAAGUUUUUAUUGUUAAGGAAACACCCAAAAGUGAAAUUGAUACAGUGUAUGAAACUGAAAGAUGUGCGAUGUGGAUAGAACAAGGCAGAUACAAGCGGGUGGCCUUACAAUUUCCAGAUGAGUUCCUGGUAGAUUCUGUUGCAGUUGUUGGCAAUCUGGAGGGAAAAUGUGAUGCAGCAUUGUUCAUUCUUGGUGACACUUCAUAUGGAAGCUGCUGUGUGGAUGAGAUUGCAGCUGAACACAAUUUGGCUGAUUGUGUUGUCCACUACGGUCCAGCUUGCCUCAGUCCUAUUUGUAGACUUCCUGUUCUGUACGUGUUUGGUCAAAAACCAUUUGAUGUGGACCACUGUGUAGAAACAUUUAAGGAACUGAUACCAUCCCAGAAGCAGAAAGUUGUGUUGAUGUAUAACACUGUAUAUGCAUAUAAAAUAGAUGUGUUAUUUGAAACACUUAUUAAACUAUACCCAUGUCUGCUCUUGUCAAAGCUAGAGCUGCCAUCAUCUGCACCCCUGGAGACCACACCCUCAGAGCUGAAUAAACACUUGAAUACACGUGACACACCAGCAUGCAAAAUACCCAAGUGUGGGCGGACAGUUCAAUUACCCCCUGAUGAAAAUAUAGACUCGUACAUAGUAUUUUAUAUUGGAAAGGAAUCACCAACAUUAACAAAUCUGAUGAUGAACUUCAACAAGUGUCCUUUCUACACGUACGAUCCGAACACCUCCACUGGUAGAAGAGAGAUUCUGAACAUUAACAAAGCACUGAUGAAGAGGUAUUACAUGGUCGAGAAAGCAAAGGAUGCCGACAUUGUCGGAAUUGUUGUCGGAACGCUAGGUGUUGCCAAUUAUUUACAGCUGAUCAGUAGACUCAAGUUGUUAAUUAAGACUGCAGGAAAGAAGAGUUACAUGUUUGUGGUUGGCAAACUGAAUGUGGCCAAGUUGGCCAAUUUCCCCGAGAUUGAUGUUUUUGUGCUAGUCGCGUGUGCAGAAAACACACUGAUUGAUUCAUCUGAAUUCUAUAAGCCCGUCGUGACUCCGUUUGAGAUGGAGAUUGCUUGUAAUAAGGCAAGACAGUGGACUGGAGAUUACAUUACUGAUUUUCAGGAUAUUUUGCCAGGUUCAGCAGAUUUUGUGGAACUAAAAUCUGCUGGCAGUGAUGAAGAAACUGAAGGUGAUGUUUCCCUGAUCAGUAAUAAAAUCCGUUACUUAGGAAAACACACGGACAUUCCGACGAUCAGUACCGAUGUCCUGCCAAGGAAUGACUCCACCACUGUCAGCACUGUGAAGGCUCAGACUGCAGGUGAAUUUCUAGACAGCAGAUCAUGGAAAGGUCUUGAACAGAAAUUAGGUGAGACACCUGUCAAACUUGCCAGUGAAGGAAGUUUUGGAAUAGCAGCUAGUUAUGACUACGAAAACCUGAAAGAAGCUGCUUGCAAAACGGAAGAUUCCUAAACAGAAGACACAGCAUUUCUUGUAUGAUGUAAUAAAUUAUAAUUUUUUGUUGUCA